ACGGCAAACCCAAACCAACAAGAUGACUGCAUUCCUCAAGUGUUCUCCAAUAUUUUCCUUGUGCCUUCUGGCAUGCCUUCUUCCCCAUGCUGCCAAUGCUAACCAAGCUGAGAGCCUAAGGAGAUUUAUGGAGCUGAAAUGGUCACAAAGCCCUCCUGUCAAGGACCUUUGGCCUGACCUGCAUGAUGCAGAGGAGCAUUGGAGCUCUCCGGCGCAUGUCGAACCUGCGCGUGCCAGUUGGAUGCGGGCGGAUAAGAUCAGACAGCUGCCAGGGCAACCUCGAGGGGUGGAUUUCGAUCAGUACGCAGGCUAUAUCCCAGUUGAUCCGAAGUCUGGAAGAAAACUCUUCUACUAUUUUGUUGAGUCCCCUAAGAAAAACUCCUCGUCUAAUCCUUUGGUCUUGUGGCUCAACGGAGGGCCAGGAUGUUCCUCCUUAGGAUAUGGGGCCAUGGAGGAAAUUGGACCUUUCAGAGUUAACAGCGACGGCAAAACACUGUUUAGAAACAACUAUUCUUGGAACACAGUGGCCAACGUAAUCUUCUUGGAAUCCCCGGUCGGUGUGGGGUUCUCGUACUCAAACAUAACCUUCGAUUACCUACAAACCGGCGAUAAGGCGACAGCCCAGGACGCCUAUACUUUUCUCCUCAACUGGCUUGAGAGAUUUCCGCAUUAUAAAACCAGAAAUUUCUUCAUAGCCGGGGAAAGCUAUGCCGGUCAUUACGUGCCUCAACUCGCAUACACCAUUCUUCUCAAGAACAAGAAUAAGAAACAGCCUGCCCUCAACCUUCAAGGCAUAGCUAUAGGGAACGCAUGGAUCGACGACAUCAAAGAUAGCUGGGGAAUAUAUGAUUAUUUAUGGACGCAUGCUGUGAACUCAGAUGAAACCAACGGAGGGCUCCAUGCCCACUGUGACUUUUCAAAUGGAACUUUGUCUGAAAUGUGUCGCAGCUUCCUGGAUAAAUCCAAAGAUGAAAUGGGCAGCAUCGACCCCUACAACAUUUAUGCCCCUAUCUGCCUAAACCCUGCAGCCAACAAAAAUGGAUCAAGUAGCACUCGUGGCUCUGUUGGCAGUUAUGAUCCUUGUUCAGAUAAUUACGUACUUUCUUAUUUGAAUAAUCCGGCGGUCCAAAAUGCAUUCCAUGCAAAGUUUACCAGUUGGACACUUUGCAGACACUUUGCUUGGGCUGAUAGCCCAAUAAGCACUCUACCCAUCAUUAGUAAUGUGGUGGGCAGCGGCAUAAGGGUAUGGAUGUACAGUGGGGAUAUAGAUUCAAUUGUGCCAAUUACAUCGACAAGGUAUUCCAUAAACAGCCUCAACCUUCCUAUCAUAUCUUCUUGGCGCCCAUGGUACUCCAACAAUGAGGUGGGAGGAUACGUGGUGGCGUAUGGAGGGCUGACGUUGGCCACAGUAAGAGGGGCAGGACAUGACGUCCCGAGCUACCAGCCUGAAAGAGCACUAACCCUUUUCUCAUCAUUCCUUCAAGGACGCCUUCCUCCUUCCUCCCCCUGACCCCACCCUCGCCCUUCCUCCUCCAUCCACGCCUGCCCACGCACGCGUGCUAGCUCUUUCCCAUGCAGCACCAGAAGUAGUAACAGUAUCUAAAAAAGAGAGAGAGAGAGAGAGAGAGAGAGUGCUGACAAUCCAAAGACCAGACUUCCCCCCAGCAAUAAAGCACCUUUUAUUGGAACAUCUAUUAUGUGUGGUGUGCUCUAUCCUAUACAUAAAAGCUGAUUUGCUCGAUUGUUCUC